AUGUCUGACGUCAAACCACAAGUCGAGAGGCCAGCGGCGGUGACGCCUGUCAGGCGACCUCGGUCUGCGAGCGCGUCCUUAUCGCCAGAGGCAGACGCGGACGCGCAUCAUGUCAAGAGGGAGCGUCACCAGUCUAUCGGUCGCGAAGAGAUAAACCAGCUAGCAAUGGCACUUCGUGCGCCACUCGUGGAGAUGCCUGCUCGGCCGGUCCCGGCUUGGUUCGCGGCGAACGCACUGAGACAUGCUGAGGCAGCUGGUCCAGCUCCGCCUCGGAUCGUGGCAGCCGUACCAGGACCGGCUCAGGCAGCUGAGCCUGCUCCAGCGCCGGCUACUGCUGUCGUGGCCCCAGGCGUACCAGCGGUCGAGGCCGUGCUAGCGGUCGAGGGCGAGGAGGAACCGCAUCGGGAGGUGUCUCUGAUCUACAAUGAUCCCACGGCCGACUUUGAGCUUAUCAGUCGAGAGGGCCUGUCCAUACGGAUCCACGAGUUCUAUCUCCUCGCAAAUAGUCCCUACUUCCGGAGACUCAAAGCUCAAGGAACCCUGGUCUCACCACAUCACAUGCCCCUCGACAACUCGGAAGCCAUUGAGGAAUGGCUAUCCCUCGUCACCCGUCGCCCGUUCGCUUGGCAAUACGACGAAACGCUCAAAUACCACAUCGGCCGGCUGGUCGCCACUUGCAGACGCCUCGAGUGCGACUAUCUCGUCGAGACCAUCACCAAUAUACUGCGGCGGGAAGUCAACAAGCCAGGAAGGGGCGGUAUGAAGGCAUUGAAGGUGUUUAUGAUCGGCGCGAUCGCUCUUGACGAUCCUGAGCUCUGUCGCAGAGCGAUCGCGGCGGUCGGAGGGCAGAAGUGGGAGGCGGUAGGCGCGACGGGGUCGGUCCUGAUGCUUGGCGUAGAGGGGCGUAGUGUGCUGGACAUCACGGCCAUGCCGGCGUCGAUGUUGGGCGAUAUACCUCCUCGGUAUCUGGCGGGAUUAGGAAGGGCGUUCAAGGUCUGGGAUCCAACGAAGGAUCAGAAUUUGAUUUGGAUAGAUGUGGCGAAGGAGUUCUACAAAUUGAUGCGGCUAUGA